AUGCCGGUUCAAAUUGCUAAAGCCGUAACGUUGCUGUGGUACUUCGGGGAAGUGAUGUGCAAGACAGUCAAUUUCCUUCAAGGUGUGGCAGUUGCAUCCAGCGUAUUUACGAUCACAGCAAUGUCAGUUGACCGAUACCUUGCCAUCACACAAUCUCUGAGACAGCCGUGGAUGCCAUCACGACGUGGCGCAUGCAUGCUCUUGGGAGUGUUAUGGUUAAUUGCUCUAGCUAUAUUCGCACCUCUGCUGGUUGUAGCAUCUGUGGAACGAGAAGUCGUGCCACUUCUUACAAAAACCGAAAAUGGGUCUAUGUUGGUGGAGAGCAGUAUCGAGUUUUGCACAGAAAAAUGGCCGAAUUCCAUUAACAGGGAGCUCUUUGGGACAUUCAGCUUCAUUUUGGUAUACGCGGUGCCAGGUUCUAUCGUUGUGGUUUCAUACUUCUUAAUGGGCAGGCGGCUGUGCUCAGUGCUUCCUCCUUUCGAUCAAACUGAGGGAAGCGUUAACAGUCAACAGCGUUUGCGUCUGGUUCGUGAAAGAAAACGGGUCGCAUGGAUUCUGCUACUCCUAGCAGUACUAUUUGCGCUGUGCUGGCUUCCUUAUAACAUUCUGCAACUUCUCAUUGACAUCAACGUGGUGCAGGUCGACGCAGGGGCGCUGUUUCUACCGUAUACAUUACUAUUAGGGCAUGCAAAUUCCGCCAUCAAUCCAAUUGUCUAUUGCUUAAUGACGCGCAACUUUAGGCGGUCUCUCCGGAAACUACUCUGUCACGACCCCGGUAACAUACACUCUAGUACUCAUUUCCAUAUGCAAGGAUUACGUCAAAAGUCCAACACGUCUAGCAUGCGAACCUGUACAACGGUGACCUUUAGAAGCAGUAAUAACCAAAGUGGUAGGGCUCCGUUUUCCCCAAACAUUCAAUAUGGCAAAGUUAAUCGAGCCCAUUCAGUUAAAGAAGGCGUUUGGAAGGAUCGUUAUCAAAGAAAAGCUCCCCAAUUUAUUUAA